AUUCAAUUCUCCUUCACCACCAUUGUCUUGUCUCUUCUUACAUCCUAUCCUCCCCCUUCCAAUGACACCGUAUCGUCCAUCGCAAUGAGCCAAGAUGCUUCCGCCGCUGAGCAGCAGGGAGGAGAGCCCGCGCCCACGCCCGCAACCGUACAUAAUGAAAGUGAACUCCGCUACAUCCGCUACGACAGCUCCAAGGAAAACGAAUACGUUCAGGCAAUGAGACAAUUGAUAUCCAAAGACCUGUCGGAGCCCUACAGCAUCUAUGUCUACCGCUACUUUCUCUACCAAUGGGGGGAUCUGUGCUUCCUCGCCAUGGAUCCGGCGCAGAAAGAUCUCGAACGGCAGCUGGUGGGCGUGGUGAUUUCGAAACUGGAACCGCAUCGUGGAGGUCCGUUAAGAGGGUAUAUUGCCAUGCUGGCCGUGAAUGAGGCAUACAGGGGACGGGGGAUCGGGUCGAAGCUGGUUCGGAUGGCUAUCGAUGCCAUGAGUGAGAGAGAUGCUGCUGAGAUCGUCCUUGAAACGGAAAUCACAAACACAGCAGCCAUAAAACUCUACGAACGGCUGGGCUUCCUCCGCAGUAAACGUCUUCAUCGAUACUAUCUCAACGGUAACUCGGCCUACCGUCUCGUGCUGUACCUCAAAGAAGGCGUCCGAUCCAUGAGAUCCGAAUUCGAUCCGUAUGCUCUUGCUCCUCCUCCUGUCUCUGGGCCUCCGACGUUUUCUGGACCGGGACAGGGCUAAUACUCUCUCCUUUUCCUUGUUUUCUCCUUAUUUUUGGACUCUUCUCUAUUAAAGAGCAGGCAGGAACUGGCUUGGCGGGACCUAGAAUAGACCAAUGCUUUUGCUUCAUAAAACCUGCGUUUGCUGGCCAGGACCGCAAUCAACCUUUUGUUUUAUUCCCCCCUUGUUCUUACCAAGAUAUCUAAAACUUGUCUGACCGUUUGUUUUGCAUUGGAAUGGCCAAUGUCCCUCAUGAUUUUCAUUAUUACUAUUAUUACCCAAGGAAAUCUCUUCUCAAAAAGUUUCUGCAAUAUUUGCUUUAUACCUAUAUAAUCCGCACCUCUAUUUUAAUUCUUCUCUGUUGAGAUGUUCUAUCCUAUAUUUUCACCAACAGAGGUAUUUGCACAGGAAUGGUUCGUGUACAUAUAAGAAAACAGGAAAUGUUAUAUAUACAAAUUCAGAGAGAACACGGAUCGACUAUAGAUAGCUAGGUAGGUAGGUCAAAAAUAGACGGAGAUGAAAGAAAAGCGUUCCGAAGAGACCCUCACAUCAGUCACCACCGAGAACGCAACCGCUUCACCACAGGCACCUGUAUAGCGUUCUGGAUCAUCCAAUGCGUGGGCCGGGGGGUGUUAUUCCAUUCAUGGUCUAUAAAAGCGGCAGCAUGCAGCAUAAGCGCCAGACUCUCCUGCGGCUCAUAUCGAGGUCCUACUUUGAUAUCCCUGCUGACCAGAUCAGAGCCGAACCGCAAUUGCGUAUCCCUCCCAUUUCCCGUCGGCUUAUAACCGCUGAGCAGAUAUGAUAACGGGUACUCAUGAUAUUCAGACGGAAUGUAUUCGAGGAUCGACUGUGGUAGUCUGAUAUCGGGUAAAUGCAGAUCCAUACCGACAAUUACUUUGCCGGCGCUGACGCUCCAGAGGUCAGCGAUGACGUUUUUCCUCUUUUUCGGUUCGUUGCGGACUAAGGAGGUGAGGACGGAUUGCCUCAUUUUAUAGCUCACGCGGCCUUCCAUGCACGCGUACCUCCAGAGGACGCGGCAGACGUUGUAGCUUCGGGUUUUGAAUGCAAUCAGAAAAAGCUUUUCGUAAGCGUCGUCAUUCAUCUGGAAUGAGGGACUUCCUAUGCACCGGAGAACAAAGUGGAGAGCCGAAAAGAUAUUACUGCGGAAGAGGCCCAGGACUAGUCUGGGGGUGGAGUUUCCCAUGGGCCAGCCAUGGUGCAGGGAGAUAUCGAUCAAACGGUCCAGGGCUUCGUAGUUUUUUAGUCUGACGAUUACGCUAAACAUCUUGUAAAGCAACGCGCCAUUGACCCAAUCAGUGCCCUCUGAGGCACCCAUCUUGUCAAAGAAGGAAUCCACGCUCUGGCCUCUUUCCAAAUGUUCGAGAAAAGUGUCCUCGACCGUCAACAGAAAGAGUGUUCGGCGGCCUCUAAUACUGCUCAGAUACCCACUCGAUAUGAGACGCUCAACCAAAUACUUCUUUGCUGGAGGGAAAACGACACAAUCGAUGAAAGCAAGCCAGGUAUCUGCGUUCGGCUGGACAUGCGAUCCGGCCAUCUCAGUCAGAAUAUCGCGAAACUUUGCCAGAUCCUGUCUCCGAGCUGCGGAUCGCAAGAGAAUAUUAAAAGUGUCGGCCGUUGCAAGAUGCUCGGCCUUUGAAAAAACCUCCCGAGCAGAAGAGAGAAAUUCGUGCUUGCAUAGAAAGGAAAGCGCAAUAUUUAGUGCCCCAGUCGAGAUGAGUCUCUUGUUCUCAUCCUGCAGGAAGAGUUCCACGAGUGCUUUCUCUGCCCUUUGCAGGUGAUGAUGUCGCUCGGGAUGGGCGCUGUCGUACUUUUGACUGAAACGAGGAUACCGCUUUGACCUACUGAUAUCUUCAACAUACUCAGAGAACUCCCUCACGUUCGUUAAAGUAGGAUGAGAAGGCAGAAUGGAAUCCAUGAAGACCGGCCGUUCGGACAGCUCGUCAUGGCUCUCCCACACGCCUCGGAUCAGCGGUACAGGCAAAUUAUUGAGCCGAAGCGCCUCUAUAGAAGGAUAGAUCCGAACAGGUGGCUUCCUGACAUCAAUCAAAGGGUCACCGGUCGCCUGGAGAUUUUGAGCCUGUGAUAUUUCGUUCGCAACCAACUCGACCACUCGUUCGGAUCCAGAUAAAACGACUUUCCGGCACGGACCAUCGCUUUCAAUCGCAUCCAGCACACGAACCCGACACCCGUUGUGAAUAGGAACGUACCAAAUAUUCUCCCGCAUCCCUGUCAUGCCAGCCAGAUACACCACAGUCUCUUCGGGGAUAAGCAUCUCCCUGUGCUUUGUACCCGGCUUAUCGAGCAUGCGAUCCUCGGACUGUGCUUGCAAAUCCUCGAGCUGAUCCAGCAAUUGCGUCCAAUGAACCGUCCUUCUCCGCUGUUUCCAGGGCUCCAGUUUCUGAACUUCCUUGUUUAUGUGUAGACGGUACCGCAAUUUCCUUCUAUCCCGCGUAGGCAAUCUCUCCAUGUAUUCCAGCGACCUCUCGCGAGAAUUUUCUCCGACAUCUCCCGUCAGCUCUGAGCCCAUAAGAUCUGUAGCACCCCGCUCGGGUUGCGGAAUUGAUGUGGUGUUACUCGAGCCGGAAGAACGUCGUGUUCCAGCAGCGACUGCAGUAUGUUCGGCGGAGUUUCGCAGGCCAUCCUCAACCACAGCGUCACUAUUUUUAUUAUCAUUAUCCUUCGCGACAGCUGUAUUUGACGAAAGCCAUCUCCUCGACAAGGAGCUUCCCACGGAUCGUCUCCGUGCGUAACAUCUUCCGACGAACAGCCGGCUUGGUUGUCUAUUCCCCUUGGCCGAAGAGGUAGUGGUAGGGCCAGCUAUCGAAGCAAUCGAUCUCCGGUGCUGUCGUAAGGCGAAUGUAAACCAGCGAGGGUAGAGGAAGAGCAAGGGUUCAUGAUGUUCAUCGGCGCCAAUCGCGAUGUUGUCGAGGAAGGUAGUUAGACCACGGCUGCUCCUCAGACAUGCAGGGCCGCGCGAGAACAUAGGGACUGACGCCGAACAAGCGUCAAUGCAAUGCGGACGGGAUUUCUGGGGGGGGAAAUGGACGUCGG